AUGGAGCCAUCGGGGCCCGUCUCCCUGGCGGAUCUUGAGGCUGACUUGGCGCUGAGCGACGAGGAUGCAAUGGAUCACGACGACUGGCCGCCACCGCGUCUUGCAAGCCAGGUUCCCCUCUCCGGCAAGCGCCCCAUAUCCCACGACACUGACAGUAACAGUGAGCCGUCUUCCCCUGCUGCUAAGGCCUCUAAGCAGAGGGGGUCGUCUGACUCUCGGGACACCAUAUCAGCCCAGAACAGCAGCCCUCCCCCGCCCCAACCUCUCAUGGACUCCUCGCGCGAUGCCCCGUUGCUGAGCGCCUCUCACCUACCAGCCUUCGCCCCCAGGGUUGACUACGUCAAGCUACUCUUCAAGGACAACCCGACAGUAGAUCUCAAGCUUCGUUGGUUGUCCGAAGUCACCCGAAAUUUUCAACUUGACCGCGACCAGGCUGAAGUCAAGAUGGCAGCCAUAACGUCUCGCUUCGUAUACGUCUCCCGCCGCCGCACGGAUGUCAUCGACAGCGUGACGAGUGGGGAGUUUCUGUCCCUCACCCUCGAGCUCCAAGACUCUCCAGAAAGGCCUCGCAAGUUUCCUACGUACCUCCUAGCUCGUUACCCUGUCUGUGCUGACCCUGCCUUGGCCAAGGAGUUGCCGGGCAUCUACUCUGCUCGCCGAUUUUACCAGAAUGGCUCUCCCCUUCCCCGCCUGGUCGUCACCUGGAGUCUUCCUGAACCACUGCCCCCGAGUGUCAGCUUCAGCUUCCUUCCGUGCCUGCCACCCUCCACAGCCCCGCCUCCGGACACGUCGCUCUGGAAAUGUCCCUGCUGUCAUCAAGCAGGAGUGAACGUCUGGCAGGGGUGCGCGAGGCACCAGCCCAAAGUGGCCCCUGCAGCCUCGCGCCCCCCGCACCCCGCGCCGCCGCCCCCACCAAGCCUCCCUGCCGCUCCUCGUGUUUCAUCCGCCACCUCUGACUCCCCGCAAGUGACUGCACUUCGGGACGCUGUUGCCUCUCUCAAAACUCAGGUUUCUGCUUUCAAUGAACGUUUUGAGGCACUUACAACUUGCCUAAAUACCUUAGUUGCCAAGCAGGCCACGCUCGAGACGACCUUGAAUUCAUUGGUUGAGUCUCAACAAGUCGUCAUUGCUUCCAUCGCUACAAUUACGGAGAAGCUGAGCUCCGUGACCCCACUCCUCACCAGCCUGCCUGCUCUCGCCAGGGACCCUCCCUCACCUAGCGCGGCACCCGGCCGUGCCCGCGCCACUGCCACUUCAUCAUCUGCCCGCCGUCCUCCUAAAGGCCAUGCUCGAUAA